AUGGCGUCCGUCGACGCGGAGAAGACGGAGCUGAAGGAGGAAGGCAUCAUUGAGGCUGCGACCGAGUUGGCUGAGGAUCCUCAAUCGAAAGUGAACCCGGACAAGAUCGAGGAAGCCCUUGUUAGAGAGACUCGCGAGGCUGGUGGUGUGGCAUACCAAUUCGAUCCUGAUGCGUCGCCCGAAGCUAAGGCAGAAGCCGCUGAAUCGCGAUUGCCGCCAGGGCUUCACCGCGAUAAUAAGCCUGAGGGCAUGGCUGUGAUUACAGACAAGAAUGACGGCAAAGCAGACUAUGAUCUCCCUCCUCCCCGCUCGGCCACCGCGAUCCUGGCUGAAGAGGCCAAUGCGGUCGACGCAAAUGGUGGAAAGAAUCUAGAUGAGGAUAUGCGCUGGGCUCGCGACCGCACCGGAUGGGCGCCCAAGUUUCACGCCGAGAAGACCGAGGAGGAACAGGCCGAGGGCACGCUACUCGACCAUCAGGACUUUUUGGAAGGCCGGAUACCCGAUAAGUUUUUCGGCGACUGGUAUCACAAUGCCGCGAUUAUUGUCUUUGCCUGUUUGAGCUCGUGGGUCAUUGCGGCCCUGGGUGGUGGUAUAGGCUGGGUGCUGCUCAUUAUGGCCGCGUGUAGUACAUACUACCGUACUUCUAUUCGCCGAGUGCGCCGUAACUUCCGCGAUGAUAUUAACCGUGAAAUGUCCAAGCAGCGGUUGGAGACCGACACCGAGAGUCUGGAGUGGAUCAACAGCUUCCUCGUCAAGUUCUGGCCUAUCUAUGCUCCCGUUCUGUGCGACACCAUUAUCAACUCUGUCGACCAGGUUCUGAGCACUUCGACUCCUGCUUUCCUGGAUAGCCUGCGUCUCAAGACAUUCAUUCUCGGUACCAAGCCGCCCCGCCUCGAGCAUGUCAAGACUUAUCCCAAGACCGAGCCGGAUACCGUUAUCAUGGACUGGAAGUUCAGUUUCACGCCUAAUGACACCAUGGAUUUGACCGCGCGCCAGCUGAAGGACAAGAUCAACCCCAAGGUUGUUCUGGAGGUUCGCGUUGGUAAGGGUAUGGUCAGCAAGGGUCUGGACGUCAUUGUUGAGGACAUGGCCUGCUCCGGUCUCAUGCGCGUCAAGGUCAAGCUCCAGCUGCCGUUCCCCCACAUCGAGCGCGUGGAUGUCUGCUUCUUGAGCAAGCCCGAAAUCGACUACGUCUGCAAGCCUCUUGGUGGUGACCACUUGGGCUUCGAUAUCAACUUCAUCCCCGGUCUGGAGAGCUUCAUCAAGGAGCAAAUCCACAACAACCUGCAACCUAUGAUGUACGACCCGAACGUCUUCCCCAUUGAAAUUGCCAAGAUGCUUGCAGGCAACCCCGUCGACCAGGCAAUUGGUGUGGUUGCCGUGACUCUGCACGGUGCCCACCAGCUCAAGAACCCGGACAAGUUCUCAGGUACUCCCGACCCGUAUGCGGUCGUGUCGCUAAACAACCGCACCGAGCUGGGCCGUACCAAGACCGUGCACGAUACCGACAGCCCCCGAUGGAACGAGACUAUCUAUGUUAUUAUCACUGGUUUCUCCGACGCCCUGACCAUCGUACCCUACGACUGGAAUGAGUACCGCAAGGAUAAGGAACUGGGAACCGCCACCUUCGCCCUCAGCAAGCUCGAGGAUGAACCCUUGCACGAGGGUAUCUACCUGGAAGUUAUGGCUAGCGGCCGUCACCGUGGUGCCGUUCAAGCCGACAUCCGCUUCUUCCCCGUUCUCGAAGGUAGCAAGCUGGAGUCCGGCGAGACGGAACCCCCACCAGAGAUGAACACCGGUAUUGCGCAAUUCACCGUCGAGCAAGCCAAGGAUUUGGAUGGCAGCAAGAGCUUUGUUGGCAAGCUGAACCCGUACGCCGUGCUGCUGCUCAACGGCAAGGAAAUCCACAUCACCAACAAGCUGAAGCGCACCAACAACCCCAUUUUCCAGAAUGCCUCCAAGGAAUUCCUCGUCACGGACCGCAAGAACGCCCGUCUGGGUCUGAUCAUCAAGGACGACCGCGAUCUCAUGGCUGAUCCUAUCAUCGGACGUUACCAGAUCAAGAUGAACGAUAUGAUGAAGAUGAUGGAACAGGGCAAGGACUGGUUCCAUCUGCACGGUGUCAAAGAAGGACGCGCCAAGCUGAAGUUGCAGUGGAAGCCUGUCGCUUUGAGCGGUGUUGCCGGUGGGGCUGGCUACGUUGACCCCAUCGGUGUGAUGCGCUUCCACUUCAAGGGUGCUACUGAUCUGCGUAACCUCGAGGCUAUGGGCAAGUCUGAUCCCUAUGCCCGUAUUAUGCUGUCUGGUUUGACCCGCGGCCGUACCGUUACUUUCCGGAAUAACCUCAACCCUGUCUGGGACGAGGUUGUCUACGUACCUAUUCGCAGCUCUCGCGAGAAGCUGGUCGUUGAGGUCAUGGACGAAGAGAAAAUCAAUAAGGACCGCUCUCUCGGCUGGGUCGAGCUCAAGGCCGCUGAUUUCGUUCGUGAGGGCGAGACUGGCGAAUUCGAGAUUGACGACGAGAAGCAACUUGUCACGUCUCCCCUGCGCUACGGACAGGGCAACUUCAAGGGUCAUAUCAACUAUACCGUUUCCUUCUACCCCACUAUCCCCGUCUCUAACCCCGAAGACGAGGCCGAGGCGGAGGAGCAAGAAGAGGGCGAGCUUGCCGGUACUGAUACGCCUCGCAAGAGUACGGACUCCAAGACCCGACCUGGACAUUCCAAGUCUGCGAGCGUUGAUUCCAAGGCUUCCAAGGCGCUGUCCAAUGGCGUUACGACUAAUGGUGUUACCAAUGGCGAGCCGACUACUAAUGGUCGGGCUAGCCUGGAGACUAAUGCCUCUCGCCCAUUGACUCAGGACUCGGAUGUGGCCUCUGUGAGGUCGGUGGCGUCGAUUCCCAAGAUGGAUCUUAGCAAGGAGGACCUUCCUAAAUAUGAGUCUGGUUUCGUCGUGUUCAAGUUCCACCAUGGCGAGUUUGCUCACAGCAACGUCCAGCUGGAGGUUGUCAUCGACGACUACAUGUUCCCCGCGUAUACCUCGCCCAAGAUUCACUCCAAGACUCUUAACUCCACUGAUGUUGGCGAGGCCUUUAUCCGCGAACUUGAGUUCUCCAAGAUGACUCUCCGCCUGGUUCACAAGAACGACCCUCACGAGUCGAGCGAGGAAAACACCGUUGCCAAGCUUACCGGAAACACCCUCACAACCCUGCAGCACAUCUUGUACGAGCCUAAGGAGCUGGUGCUGCGGUCCAACUCUGGCGAGCUUAGCAAGAUUACUGUCAGCGCUCGCUACAUCCCCGUUCGGAUGACGCUGGAUCCUCGGGAAAGCAUCAACAAUAUGGGUAAACUGCACGUCAAGGUGAACAAGGGUGUGAACCUCCCUAUUGCCGACAGCAACGGCAAGAGUGACCCCUACUGCCGAUUCUUCAUUGGUGAUGACGACAAACGCCACAUCUACAAGACUGAAGUUAUCAAGAAGAACUUGAAUCCAGUCUGGAACGAGGCUUUCGAGGCCGAGAUCAAGACCCGUAUCGACUCCAAGUUCCGUGUCGAAGUGUGGGACUAUGAUCGUGGUGUCGGUGAUGAUCGUCUCGGCGAGGCACUGGUCGACCUCGAGCCUCUCGAGCCUUUCCAGCCCAGGGAAGUCGUGGUCACGCUCAUCAACCCAUCAAAGGACGCUAAGCCGCCUACCAACGGCCAGCCAAGCACUAUCCACCUGACCCUUCUGUUCAAGCCCGACUACGUGAUGCGCCUAAGCCAAGGCUCGGCCACCUUCGUCGGUGGCAUCGGCGGCAAGGUCGGCGGCACAGCCAAGACCAUCGGCGGCGUUCCCCUCAAGGUCGGUGGUGCCGUCGUCGGCGGCGCUGCCCACGGCGCCACCUCCAUCGGUGGAAAGAUCUUCGGCCGCUUCCACAAAGACAAGCACGCCGACGACGACACAGCCUCCCUCGCCGACGGCGCCGUCGAAGAACCCACUAAUGGCGGCCUCGUCUCCGGCGCACCCCUCGUCGAAGGCACCCGCAAUACACCCGCCGUAGCUCUCGUCGACGGCACAAGCACCCCGCCCACGCCCUCAACCCCACAAAAGGAACACACCCGCAACCGCAGCACGGCAUCUAUCUACGGCGACCGCCUCUCUGUCUUCGGCGGCGGUAGCCGCGGCGACACAGGUACCGCUCAUAUCACCAUAGUCUCAGCCUCGGGCUUCCCCUCCUCCGCAAACCUGCGCGUCAUCGUCCGCGUCCAGGGUAGCAAGGGCGGCAAGGAAGUCCACAAGACCAAGGCACACAAGGCCGGUGACGACGGCGUGCAGUACGAUGAAUCCUUCAAGGUUCCCAAGGUCACUGCAGGCUCGCAGUAUCAGAUUCGUGUCGUGGAUCAUUCAACCUUUGGUUCGGACGAAGUCCUUGGCGAGGGAUUCUUCCUUGUUGCGGAUCAGGGAUCUGAGGCGGGUGUCGAUAAGCCCGUUGUCGUUGGGUCUGGGUCUGUCGUUGUUAGGUCGAGUUUUGAUGCACCUGAGUCGGCGGGGUUGAGGCCUACGACUUCGCAUUCUACGGCGGGGGGCGAUGAGGGGGAUAGUCCGGCCGGGAAGAUGCCGAGACGCAGCUUCUUGAGUAAGAGGAGUGUUAGUGGGGCGUGA